AUACAAGCAAGUUCAUUGGGGGACGUAUGCCAUGUAUAAAUCUAAAGUGAGUAGUACAUAUUUUGUGAACAAAUAGAUGAGGAACUUGGGCAAACAGUGCAAUCACUAUGCAAUUUGCAAGCGGCGAGCCUAUAUAUAUAUUUGCAGCCGUGAAGCUACACAAGUCAAGCUCACAGCAAAAUAAAAGCCAGGUGGCGGCAUAUGGCGCUCAGCAAGGAGCAAAAACUCACAAUUUCUGAGCAACAACACACGACAAGCAGCGAACAGCAGGUGGCGCUGGAUGCCGAGCUCCAGCUGUGGAACCACACCUUCGGCUACGUCAAGUCCAUGGCGCUCAAGGCCGCGCUCGACCUCGGCAUACCCGAUGCCAUCCACCAGCACGGCGGCUCGGCCACCAUCCCACAGAUAGUCACCAGGAUCACGCUCCACCCGUCCAAGACACCAUGCCUGCGGCGCCUCAUGCGCGUGCUCACCCUCACCGGCGUCUUCGGCACCCAGGAGCUGCACGAUGACGGGGGCGGCUGUGACGACGAGCUCGUCUACACGCUCACGCCGGCGUCCCGUCUCCUUGUCGGCCCAUCGGGGCAGAACGUGAGCCCUUUACUGAACGUGAUGCUCUGCCCCAUCUUCGUGUCGUCCUUCCUCGACCUCCGCGGGUGGUUCCAGCACGAGAUGCCGGACCCGUCCCCCUUCAAGAUGAAGCACGGGCGGGACAUAUGGGAGCUGGCCGCCCACGACGCCGGCUUCAGCAGGCUCUUCGACGCCGGCAUGGUCGCGGACAGCGGCUUCAUCAUGAACGUCGUGGUCAGGGAGUGCGGCGCCGUCUUCCAGGGGAUCAGCUCCCUCGUCGACGUCGGCGGCGGGUUCGGUGGCGCCACACAGGCCAUUGCGAAAGCGUUCCCGCACCUGGAGUGCAGCGUGCUAGAUCUCCCGAACGUCGUCGCCGGCGCUCCUGCUGAUACCGCCGUGAAGUAUGUCGCCGGUGACAUGUUCGAGAGCGUUUCGUCGGCAGACGCUGUCUUCCUCAAGUCGAUUAUACAUGACUGGGGUGAUGCCGACUGUGUCAAGAUACUGAAGAACUGCAAGAAGGCCAUACCAGCUCAAGGAGGCAAGGUGAUAAUACUGGAUAUUGUGGUUGGAGCAGGAUCGUCGUGCGACCGGAAGAACGUGGAGACGCAAUGCUUGUUUGAUCUCUACAUCAUGACUAUCAACGGUGUCGAGCGAGAUGAGCGAGAGUGGAAGAAGAUCAUCUUUGAAGCCGGGUUUACAUCUUACAAGAUCAUACCUGUUCUGGGGACUCGAUCCAUAAUUGAAGUCUGCCCAUAGAAACCAAUAUAAUUAAGGAUGGCAACCGCCUCCGAUCCCACUCGCGGAUAUAAUUCCAAACCCGUACUUGAAUACUUGAAUCCGCGAGGUUUUCAGGUCACCUACGUGUUUUUACUCAUUGUACGCAUUUAAACAAUUAUUAGCCAGUUGCACGUGCUUUGCUAUGGUUGUUAUAUAUCAUAUAAAUAAAUAUUAAGAUAUUUAUUUAAAUAUAAUUUUUGUUUAUUUCGAAACACUAAA